AUGCCUUCUAACUUAUGGUCGGAAUAUGCCAAAUUUGAACUAUCAGACCCUAAGUUUUGGGAACCUGGACCUAUUGAGUUUUUAUUGGGCUCUGACUUGUUUCCAGAUGUUUGGCUUGGAUCUUUGAUUACUCUUCAUGAAAACCAACCCAAGCUGUUUGCAUCAGUCUUUGGCUACAUUGCUAUUGGGAGAGUUCUUGACUGUCAAUCAUCCGCUAAUAUGAAUGCUUCUUUCUUCACCCUUGCUUAUGAUAAAGAUGAUAUUCAUAAUCAGCUGCAACAAUUUUGGGAACUCGAGAAACCUGCUUCUAUCCCAGUCCAAGAAAACCCAGAAGAUUUAGCUUGUGAAAAGCAUUUUACAGAGACUCACUACAGACUUGAGAGCGGCCAGUACGUUGUUCGCCUACCGUUUAAAAGUGAGCCAAAGCAUCUUGGUGACUCAUCUGAAAGAAAUUCUCUGAAAAGACUAUACAGUCUAGAAACAAAACUGACCAAGAAUUCUCUACUUAAGUCUGAAUACUGCAAUUUCAUGAAAGAAUACCUUGAACUGGAACACAUGAGCCCCACAUCAUCUACUUCAAAAUAUGUGAUCCCGCAGUCCCGCACCAUGCUGUUACUAAAGAAGAUCGCUCACAGAUUAAGCACAGAGUAG